AUGCCCAAUGCAGAAUUGUACAAAACUGCUCGUUUGAGUCCUCUUUCUCUCAAAUACUAUGGUCUGUGCUUGCAGCCAGGAAAUUAUACAGUCAAACUGCACUUUGCUGAAAUAGUUUUCACUCCUGGCCCGACAUAUGGCAGUCUUGGAAGGCGUGUAUUUGAUGUAUCAAUCCAGGUGAUUUGGAUCGUUUGGACUAACAAUCUUGAUGAAUGCAUAUAG